AAAGACUGCAUAGCGCCCCGAACCUUACUCUCAACCCCAACCUGACAUCUACCAAGAAAGCUUUGGCUCAACAUUAUGAACAAACAAUACGACAUUAUCAUUGUCGGCGCCGGUAUUGCCGGAUCUGCCGCUGCGACCACUUUCGCUCGCCAAGGACACGAGGUCCUUCUUCUUGAGCGUAGUCUCAAAGAGCCUGAUCGUAUUGUUGGAGAGCUUUUGCAGCCUGGUGGAGUGGUAGCACUGGAGAAACUGGGUUUGGCAGCAGCGGUGGAAGAAAUCGAUGCUGUUCCUGUGCGAGGCUACCACAUCUAUUGGAAAAGCGAAGAAGUAACCUUUUAUUAUCCCUCUCUCCGUCAUGACAGCAGCGAGAACAACCCUUCUUUGCUAUCCAGUGGCUCCUCCGGUAUCGCAAAAGGGAGUGAGAGGCCAGAAGGACGGAGCUUUCAUCACGGCAGAUUCGUCUCUCGCCUGCGAGAGCUUGCAAAGUGUGAGAAGAAGGUCACUGUCAUUGAGAACACGGUCACCAGCCUCGUAACCGACAAACACUCAGGCAGAGUUAUUGGCGUGGACUGCACGAACAACGAAAAGCAAGGCAAGACGUACUACUCCAAGUUAACCAUUGUUGCGGAUGGAGCAAGCUCCAGUCUUCGGCCUCAACUACGGGAGCAGAAACCUCUUGCCACGUCAAGAUUCUGGGGCCUAGAGUUGACCGAUGUGCCACUCCCGCACUAUGGGCUCGCGUACGGACUGAUCGGAAACGGCCCUCCAAUUCUGAUCUACCAAAUCAGUACACACAACACUCGCAUUCUUGUUGACAUUCCAAUCUCUGUUUAUAAAGCAGUCAUGUCGAAAGGAGAUAUUCGAACUUAUAUUGGGAACACUGUUGUUCCCACACUUCCAAAGGAUAUCCAAUCCAACGUCAUGUCUGCACUGGGUUCUGGGCGAUUGCGGAGCAUGCCGAAUGAAUGGUUGCCAGCUCAAGCCGACAAGAUACCGGGAGUUCUAACCAUGGGCGAUGCAAGCAAUAUUCGGCAUCCUUUGACAGGCGGUGGGAUGACAGUCGCUCUGAACGAUGUCGUCCUCCUGCGUGAUCUCUUGGAUCCUGCAGGCGUUGCUUUGGACGACAUUGAUGCUGUGCACAAGAAGCUCCAGCAGUUUCACUGGAAGCGCAAAGUACACAGUAGCUCGUUGAACAUACUGGCGCAAGCACUGUAUACUCUGUUCGUCGCUGCUGAUCCCCAGCUCGAGGUCAUGCAGCGUGGAUUUAUCCGCUACAUUCAAUCUGGCGGUAAGUGUGCCGAAGAGCCAUCCGGGUUGAUGGGCGGUAUAUAUCACAGUCCCCUGCUUCUGUUCCGACAUUUCUUUGCUAUUGCACUCUACAGUAUGUGGCUGCUUAUUCAAGAGUCUCCCUUCUGGAUGCUGCCCGUAACCUUGUUGCAUCCCCGUGUGGGCUUCGUUUCUGAAUCCAACGAUCGCGGAACACUCGGGAUUAUAUGGUCCUGCCUACUUGUCCUCAUCGUAUGCGUUUGGAAUGUUCUACAUCAUAAUCUUCCUAGUGAUGAAGAAGGCUUCUGGGAAGUCUUUUGGCGCAAGAUGCGGUGGGCAACACUAGCUGUGACUGCGCCAGAACUGCUGUCGCUCUUUGCUGUCAUGCAGUGGAAUGCAGCCAACAUCUCCGUGCACCAGAUGAAGACCUUAGGCAGUCACCAUUGGACCAUGAUCCAUGCUUUCUAUGCCAACUCUGGGGGCUUUGUGUUGCAGACACCGGGGUUUCCACCGUUUCCUAUCAACGCGACAUCAUUGUUCUAUCUCGUGUCGCAGGGCCGACUCGGGAUUCCAACAGUCACUGAGAAGAACAUAUGGGACCGGAGCAAGGCCGACCUAUUCGCAAAGUACGUAGCAUUCGUCCAGACAGGGUGGCUACUAUGUACUACCAUCGCCAGAGCUAUACAAAAACUUCCCAUCACACCUAUUGAGCUCUUCACGGUGGCUUUCAUAGUCCCCACACUAGCGACACAGUUUUUCUGGGCUAACAAGCCUCAAAACGUUGAAGUACCAGUCAUACUUACCGUCGACUGGGAGAUUGGGGAGCUACUUAAAGAAGCUGGCCCGGCUGCCACACUGCCGUACGUCGACACUCCUAUGGACUUUAUUGAAAAGCCUAUUUGGGAUGGCUGGAAACGCCGCCCUAGCCUCCUUCAUUAUGGAGGCCUCAAGAGAAGGCCACUCACACGAAUCCCGAACGACUACUCCCCACCUCCUCCGACUGGCAAAGAGGCCAUGUUCAUAUGGAUCAUCUCCGUAACUCAUGCUGGCAUCCACUGCGCUGGAUGGAACUUCGACUUUCCCACCUCAAUCGAACUGCUUCUUUGGCGUAUUAGUAGCCUUACACUGCUUGUGGUCAUGGCUGUUGGCGGUAUUGUACCUGUGCUUUCAACGUAUCCGUGGUUUGACUUUAGUUUCAAUCUGCUUUGGAUAUGGGUGCGAGAUGCCCAGAAGAAGACCUGGAUUAGGGAGUGGGCAUUCGCAUCGCUUGUAAACUUUAUAGAUUCCUUGACGUCUUAUAAAUGUUGCUACACAGUUAAUUAG